AUGAGAACCACCCAAUCCAGAGGAUAAUAUUUAGAAAGUAGUCGGCCAACAUCACCUCUUCUAACGAGUGACCAGCCCAGCACAUUAUUUACCUAACAACAGAUGAUCUCCAUAAGUAUGGGCCGAGAGGUAUCUAUAGAUGAGAUCCAAAGAUCUAUUCCACACUGCCGAUUCCACUAUAUACUUAUCUUAAUACAUUUGCUUCUCUAUGUAUCGACCUCAUUUAUUGUGUAUAACUUCGCAUACUUUCAAAUGAGCCCAAGAUACAAAUGCACUUUCACAGAUCCUUCGUCCCCUGAAUUUCUAUACACCUCUGAGUGUACUAAGGAGCAAAUUUGCUCUGCAGAUAGCCCUAAUCAAGUUUGCAUGGGGGAUAAAAGUAUUAAUUAAGUCAAUUCAAUUGAGAUAACUGAGCAAAACAAAAAUCACAAACUAAUAAAGUGGGAUAUCUAAUGGGACAGCACUCACAGCUUAAAAAACUGGAUUACUUGGCUGAACUUGCAUUGCGCUGAUAAUUACAAAAUCGGUAUGUUUGGAUCUCUGUACUUUGCAGGAUUUCUAAUAUCUUGCCUCAUAUUUCCUCCCCUUUCAGACAAGUAUGGGCGCAAGGAUCUCUUUUUAAUGGGCGGACUGUCUUAAUUAAUAGUAAUUUCCAUCAUGCUACUUGAUAAAAGCAUUGAGAUUCAGCUAAUAAUGAUCUUCUCUUUGGGAUUUGCCUAGCCGGUCAAGUCUAUGAUAGCAUAUACCCAUCUUAUGGAAUUUCUGCCUGGUAGAGAAUCCAAAAUAUCAGGAGUCUUUAUGUUCCUUGACGGACUUGUUAUAGUGAUCACACCAUUCCUGAUACACUUAAUAAGUUAGGAUCUGAAUAUGCUCUUGUUUAUUGCACUCUUAUUCAAUGUCGUAUCUCUUGUGCUUUUCUUGAUCACAAGAAUUCCAGAAUCUACAAAAUAUCUCAUUCAAAACUAAAAGUACAUUGCAUUUGAAAAAGCCAUUUAAAGAGUAAAAUCUCUAGGAGGUCUCAGCGAUUAGUAAAUUGCAAAAACAUUUGCACUAUUAAAAAUCUAUGAGCUUUAACAAAGGACCAAGGUAGUUAUUGACUAGCAACUAAACAACACAUGGAAUAAGAAUUCGAUUGAGAGACUAAAGGGUGCUAAAAACAUUGCUUAUAAUCUUGUCCUAAUGACCAUUUCUUGGACUUGUGUAAGCUUCAGCUAUUUCAUGAUAAGCUUCUUCAUAAAAUAUCUUCCUGGUGACAUAUAUGAGAACUAAUCUGUAUCAGGCCUCUCUGCAUUUGCAUUUCUUUUUGCUGGACCGAUCUCAAGAAAGCUUGAUAACAAAAUAACACUAACUCUAUCAUUCUUAAUUGCAACUCUGGCAUCCUUAACAAUGGUAGUUUUCAUGUAACUAGGAAUCUCUCCCGAGGAUGGCCUAUCAAUUUUUAUACUGCUGAUAAGAUGUGGUGUUAACUUGGCUUUUUGCCUAGUAUUCGUCAUUCAUACCUAGUUAUUUCCUCCCAAUUUCCUUGCAACAAGCUAUGGAAUAUGCAACUUUUUCUGUCGAUCAGUUACUCUGUUUGCACCAAUUAUUGCAGAGGUGGAGGACAAAAGCAUUCCAAUGUAUACACUCUUAGCUGCCUGUUUCAUCGGAACUUUGUCCUCUUUUUCAUUGAGGUAGAUGACUGAAAAGGAAGAGACCCUUAUCACGAGUGAUUACCCAAGCAUUUCAAAUACUCCAAGGGAUAGACAUAUGAGUAUAUCUCUCAUUAAGUGA